AUGAAAGCUACUCAAGCCUUCCUCCUGCACCCCGCUUCGCUCCUCGCCACCAUCAUCGCUGCAGCUGAAGCCCCUCAAUCUGAAGGCCCUCCCCUUCUCUCUUGUCUCCCUGUCCCUCCACACAGCAUGGGCCUCCUUUCGCACCCCAUUUCUCUCAUCACCACCAUCAUCGCUGCAGCUAAGGCCCUCAACCUGCGAGCUGUGGUCGUGACAAGUGGCGACAGCGCAUUGGAGGAGGCAGUUGCGGCAGUGUGGAGGGAGGAAGAGCAGGAAAAGCAGAAGGAGCAGGGGGAGGAGGAAGAUGAGUCGCAGGAGAGAGGAACAGAUUCGAUUGUUAAGAGCAGAGGCACACUGUCUGUAGACAAUAGAGGCAUAUUAUUGUCCCAGCGCACAGCCCAACCACCAACGCAACCAGCACCACUUAAACCAACAACACCCCAACCAGCACCACCCCUAUUACCAUCCUCACCGCUCGUCCCUCUCGGCAUUCCAAGGCUGCUUGCAAGAGGGAGGGUCCUUGUCCUCCGGGGGCCUGUCUGUCACGAGUGGCUGUUCCCCCGCUGCUGCUUUGUGCUGCAUCACGCUGGCAGCGGCACCACAGCAGCAGCGCUGCGAGCAGGCGUGCCUCAGCUCCUGUGCCCCUUCAUUCUCGACCAGCACUACUGGGCUCACCGCCUCUGCUACCUUGGGCUCCUGUGCCCCUUCAUCCUCGACCAGCACUACUGGGCAGACCGCCUCUGCUACCUUGGUGUUGCUCCUCCCCCUCUCCAUCCGUCGGACCUCAUGCCUCUAGAUUCCACCCACCAGACAACAGUAGCGACCGUUGUGAGUCGCUUCGCUGCUGCAUUGGGUGCGGGCAUGAGGGAGCGCGCACGGGAGCUAUCACGAGAGAUACAGACAGAGGUGCGUCUCUUGGAUGACUGUCAGGGAUGA